AUGGCGGAGCCUGAUCCCCCUAAGGACCAGGAACUGGAGAGCGAGCCUCGAAGCUGGUCCCUGCUGGAGCAGCUGGGCUUGGCGGGGGCGGAUCUGGCAGCCCCCGGGGUGCAGCAGCAGCUGGAGCUGGAGCGGGAGCGGCUGCGGCGGGAGAUCCGAAAGGAGUUGAAGCUGAAGGAGGGUGCCGAGAACCUGCGACGGGCCACCACCGACCUGGGCCGCAGCCUGGGCCCCGUGGAGCUGCUGCUGCGUGGAUCCUCACGCCGCCUCGACCUACUGCACCAACAGCUGCAGGAGCUGCAUGCCCACGUGGUACUGCCUGACCCUGCGGCUGCUGUCCAUGACCCCCAGUCUCCGGGUGCGGGCAGCACAGCCAGCCUGGCCACCAACCUGAACCUUGUAGCUGGCCUGGAGAAGCAGCUGGCCAUUGAGCUGAAGGUGAAGCAGGGGGCAGAGAACAUGAUCCAGACGUACAGCCACGGCAGCACCAAGGACCGCAAGCUGCUGCUGACCGCCCAGCAGAUGCUGCAGGACAGCAAGACCAAGAUCGACAUCAUCCGGAUGCAGCUCCGCCGGGCACUGCAGGCUGGGCAGCUGGAGAGCCAGGCAGCCCUGGAGGAGACCCAAGGGGGUCCAGACCUCGGGGCUGUGGAGCUGCGCAUUGAGGAGCUGAGGCACCACUUCCGAGUCGAGCAUGCGGUGGCCGAAGGCGCAAAGAAUGUGCUGCGCCUCCUCAGUGCAGCCAAGACGCCAGACCGCAAGGCGGUCAGCGAGGCCCAGGAGAAGCUUACCGAAUCCAACCAGAAGCUGGGGCUGCUGCGGGAGGCGCUGGAGCGGCGUCUCGCCGAGCUGCCAGCCGACCACCCCAAGGGAAGGCUGCUGCGCGAGGAGCUGGCUGCGGCUUCAUCCACCUCCUUCAGCGUCCGCCUGGCCGGGCCCUUCCCCGCCACGUACUACAGCACCUUGUGCAAGCCAGCACCGCUCACAGGGACACUGGAGGUGCGUGUGGUGGGCUGCAGAGACCUCCCAGAGACCAUCCCCUGGAACCCCUCGCCCUCAGCCAUGGGCUCUGGGACUUCUGACAGCCGGACCCUCUUCCUGAGCCGCCAAACCCGGGGGCUUUACAGCCGGAGCGGAAGUCUUAGUGGUCGGAGCAGCCUCAAAGCGGAAGCUGAAAAUGCAGGUGAUGUCAGCACUGUACUGAAGCUUGAUAACACGGUGGUGGGACAGACGUCCUGGAAGCCAUGUGGUCCCAGUGCCUGGGACCAGAGCUUUACCCUGGAGCUGGAGAGGGCACGGGAAUUGGAGUUGGCUGUGUUCUGGCGUGACCAGCGGGGCUUGUGUGCCCUCAAAUUCCUGAAGUUGGAGGAUUUCUUGGACAAUGAGAGACAUGAAGUACAGCUGGACAUGGAACCUCAGGGCUGCCUGUUGGCUGAGGUCACCUUCCGGAACCCUGUCAUUGAGAGGAUCCCGAGGCUCCGAAGGCAGAAGAAAAUUUUCUCCAAGCAGCAGGGGAAGGCAUUUCAGCGCGCCAGGCAGAUGAACAUUGACGUUGCCACGUGGGUACGGUUGCUUCGGAGGUUCAUCCCCAAUGCCACAGCCACGGCCACCUUCAGUCCAGGGGCUUCACCAGGACCUGAGGCCCGGUCCACAGGUGACAUCUCUGUAGAGAAGCUGCGUCUUGGGUCCCACUCCGACAGCUCACCCCAGAAGAGUCCAUUGGAGCCUCCUUCCAGCCCAUCCAGCCUGAGUUCUCAGAUCCAGGAACCGCCCCCCACUCCUGAGCUGCCUUCAGAGACCCAGGAGACCCUAGGCCCCGCCCUGUGCAGCCCUCUGAGGAAAUCGCCCCUGACCCUCGAGGAUUUCAAGUUCCUGGCGGUGCUGGGCCGGGGUCACUUUGGGAAGGUGCUGCUCUCUGAACUCCAGCCCAGCGGGGAGCUGUUUGCUAUCAAGGCUUUGAAGAAAGGGGACAUUGUGGCCCGGGAUGAGGUGGAGAGCCUGAUGUGUGAGAAGCGGAUCCUGGCGGCAGUGACCAGUGUGGGGCAUCCUUUCCUGGUGAACCUCUUCGGGUGUUUCCAGACGCCAGAGCACGUGUGCUUUGUCAUGGAGUACUCGGCUGGUGGGGACCUGAUGCUGCACAUCCACAGUGACGUGUUCUCAGAGCCACGUGCCAUCUUUUAUUCAGCCUGCGUGGUGCUGGGGUUGCAGUUUCUUCAUGAACACAAGAUUGUCUACAGGGACCUGAAGCUGGACAAUUUGCUUUUGGACACCGAGGGUUAUGUCAAGAUCGCAGACUUUGGGCUCUGCAAGGAGGGGAUGGGUUAUGGAGAUCGGACUAGCACGUUCUGUGGGACCCCGGAGUUCCUGGCACCCGAGGUGCUGACAGACACGUCGUACACACGGGCUGUGGACUGGUGGGGGUUAGGCGUGCUGCUCUACGAGAUGCUGGUUGGGGAGUCCCCGUUCCCAGGGGAUGAUGAGGAAGAGGUAUUUGACAGCAUCGUCAAUGAUGAGGUUCGCUACCCACGCUUCCUGUCGGCUGAAGCCAUCGGCAUCAUGCGAAGGCUACUGCGGCGGAAUCCAGAGCGGAGGUUGGGGUCCAGUGAGAGGGAUGCAGAGGAUGUGAAAAAACAGCCUUUCUUCAGGACACUGGGCUGGGAUGCCCUGCUGGCCCGGCGCCUGCCACCGCCCUUUGUGCCCACGCUGUCGGGCCGCACCGACGUCAGCAACUUCGAUGAGGAAUUCACUGGGGAGGCCCCCACGCUGAGCCCGCCGCGGGAUGCACGGCCCCUCACGGCUGCAGAGCAAGCAGCCUUCCGGGACUUCGAUUUUGUGGCGGGGGCUGCCAGGCCCUCUCCACCCCUCCCCCACCGAGCUCUUAGUAGUUUUUAAAAAGGCCUUCGGG